UGACAAAAGAAAAGACAAGAACAUUCACUGCAGUUGUUACGGAGAUUUCAAAGCAUCUGACUUGGGUUUUCUAGCAUCUUCUUCGUCAAUCUAUUCUUAUUACAACUCUCAACAAGCUGGCUUGAUACAGAAAGACUUUCAUCUUUGUGUCGGGGACACAUAGACAGAGAGAGGGAGAGGGUACUGAUUUGUGGAGUCAUCAGAGUCUUUUGUCCCAGACGCCUCUCUCAUUAUCCCUGUAAUCUAUUGCGCUGCAAAAGUCACCUGGUUAAUUUAUAUGCCUUCUGCUAUCGCUUUUGUUAGUGAGAUUGGAGAGAGGCAUUGGACACUGACGCUGGUUUACUGAUUGGAUUGAUAAUAUGGGUGCUGUUUGUUGCUGUCUGUGUGAUGAGCCUGAAGAGUUUACUAACCUGCGUACUUCUGUUUAUAGGAACUGCUUAUGCGUUCGUUGCUUUGUUCACCAGUUCAUGUGUGUGUACACAUCAUUAUUCCGAAGAGAUGAACAAACCAACCCUUCAGCCAUUCAGGGGACAUCAUCUUUUAGUCCAACUUCAUCUGACAGUUCUCUCUCUAAUAUGUACCGUUCGCCUCCAAGGCCAUUGCCUUAUGAUGCUGACACAAGGUACUUCCGCUUGCAGCGGGAUGGACUGGUUUCAAGACGAGAGAAAGGCUCCUGUCACUCACAGGAAGAACCUGAUGUGAUAAGAAGUGAUACUGAUGCAGAUUCAGAACCUUUAAUUACUGCCAACAAAUGGAAUGAGUCUACACCUGAAGAUGGAUCAAAAGAACCAGACUGCAAGUCCAAGACUAAGACCUCAACAGGGAAAUCGGCAACCGGAUAUGCACACAUUUACUCUUCUUCUUCAGAAGAUGAAGAUGUUUGCCCCACAUGUCUUGAAGAGUAUACCUCUGAAGACCCCAAGAUUGUUACAAAGUGCUCUCACCAUUUUCACCUAGGCUGCAUUUAUGAAUGGAUGGAGAGAAGUGAGAACUGCCCAGUUUGUGGCAAGGUGAUGGCAUUCGAUGAGACGACUUGAGACUUCAAAGAUGAUCUAGUCGUGGAUGAAAGCAACUUUUGUAAAUGGUGAAGAAAAGUUGAUGACAAAUUUGUAAAGUUCUUGUGAAUAUUUUGUAACAGUUCCGUCCAUAAAAUAUAUGCUAAGAAAUUUACACACCAAAAAGUAUUUUGGUCUUUGUUCUGUUUCAUGCUGGAAGGAAAAAUUGUGUUCAAACAAGGAGUGAAAUUUAUGAACGGCGUGGCCCGAUUGUGUAAAAUGACUUCCUGCUUUCUUUUCUUUA